AUGGCAGCAGAGCAGCCCACACACCCGCCCCCUUCGACCAUCCCCAAUCUCAGGGACAGGCUCCCCAAGCUGGAGCCCAGACGUCGGCGUGCUCCGGCCUCGAACCCGGUUCCUCCGCCGGAAACCCCGGCAUUGCCUCCACCGCCCGAGGCAUCGUCAGUAUCUCACCAGGUGCCCUCCAGGAGGAUAUUAUCUCUCAAGGACCAUGAGCUUUUCCUGUCUUCGCCAGCGUAUAGCCUCAUCUUGGCCUUCAUAUUCGGCCUGUCUGAUGCCGUCGUUGACACCCCCAUCUCAAAAGUCAACGAUGAUGACUUGAGCCCCUCGGUCAAGGCCAUUCUUGGUCUUCUGGAUGAGGCAGAAGCACUUGUUCUAGCAACGCCACCCGACGACUCUGGCGGCUCUCGGUUUGGCAACAAACUCUUCCGCACCUUUCUUGACAAGACGAAGAGUGCCAGCUCUUCGUGGCAUCAGAAACUUGGUAUCACCUCGGCGGACGCUGUCUCAGAAGUAGAGACGUACCUUCUACAGUCAUUUGGCAACCGCACUCGGAUCGACUAUGGCUCUGGCCAUGAGCUGAACUUCAUGAUCUGGCUCCUCUGUCUCUAUCAGCUGCAGGUGGUGAAGAAGCCCGAUUUCAAGGCUCUGGUUCUGAAGGUCUUCGUUCGUUAUCUAACGUUGAUGCGCACCAUACAAUCGACUUAUUAUCUGGAGCCGGCUGGCUCUCAUGGUGUUUGGGGACUAGAUGAUUACCAGUUUCUGCCGUUCCUGUUCGGAGCCAGUCAACUUCUCCACCACUCUUUCAUCACGCCCUUAGCUAUACACCAGCAGUUGACCCUUGAAGAAUUCGGCCACGACUUCAUGUACCUUGGGCAAGUCGAAUUUGUGAACAGCACAAAGACCGUCAAGGGUUUAAGGUGGCAUAGUCCCAUGCUAGAUGAUAUAUCCUCUGCAAAGAACUGGGAUAAGGUGGAAGGUGGUAUGAGGAAGAUGUUCGUGGCCGAGGUCCUUAGAAAGCUGCCUGUUAUGCAACACUUCCUAUUCGGUUCACUCGUGCCUGCUGUCGACGGAAUGAGCACAGAGGAGGAAGCGGGCGUGUCUCGAGAAGAAGAUGAGGCCGAGGGCGGUGCAGUGAUGGUUGAGCACGAUGGCGUCAAGCAUCUUCACCAACUGAACUCUUGGGGAGACUGUUGCGGUAUCAAAGUCCCCAGCAGUCUUGCUGCCUCCCAAGAGAUGAGGAAGCGAGGCGCUGGCGAGACAUUGCGCAGAAUUCCCUUUGACUAA